AUGCAUAUGAAAUCUUCUUGGGCCUUUUUGCCAAUUGCAAUCGUCCGUUCGCACGUCUUUGUGGGCGAGCCCGCGCCUUUCUUCUGGGAUCCACAGGUGGCAAAGCUGAUCAUGCCGUUAAAUGGUGAUCCAAACUACCAAAGUCCAGGUUGGGGUCAGCAAUCCUUUCCUUGCAAGGGACAUCACAGGAAUGUGACUCACCACGAAGCUCAUGCAACUUGGUAUACUGGAAGUACGGUAACGUUUCAAAUCUAUGACUCUACCAACACAACUGGUGCUAGUAUGCACGAUCCCGGCGCAGCUCAUUCGGGAGGCUCUUGCCAGGCAUCAUUCUCAUACGAUAAUGGGGAAACAUGGAUUGUCUUGCAAAGCUGGGAAGGAAACUGCGUGCGUGUUCGUAAGGGUCAAGAAGGCAAACUUACAAAUUCCUAUGACAUUGAUCAAAGCUACUCUUUCGAUAUUCCUGCUUUCCUUCCAGGGGCAGAUAUGGUAAUCUUCGCAUGGACCUGGCUAAAUUCAUCUGGCAAUCGAGAAUUCUACAUGUCGUGCUCCCCUGUCCGGUUGAUAGCAUCACAAUCUUCAACGAAAAUACCAUCUGGAUAUCCUAUGUAUAUUGGGAACCUCCAGGAGAGUCCGGAAUCAGUGGAUGCACAAAAUCCAACCUGGUCUAAGUGCUAUGUUCCGCAAAACGUGUGGAUUCGCUACCCUCAGCGAUAUAGAGGCAUCAACCGACCAAUCGUAGCCGAUUCUCUUCCAGCUAACAGCCAGAUUAACUACCUAGAACUUGAAGACGAUGGGGGGUUAUGCGGCUCAGACAACAAAGAAAGGGUUAACGCUCUCGCACUUCGCUUUAGUUAA